AGCACUGGAGGAGCCUCUGCUCAGUCUGUAAACUCACACCAAGAUGGGAGUUCAAGGUCUUGCCACUCUCUUAGACAACAACCAGGGGGUCUACAAGGAUGUCAAGUUCAGGAAGAGCAAGCUGGUGGUGGACGGAACCAACCUGAUCUACCUGCUGUACUACAACUCAGGUCUGGACCAGAAUCACGGCGGGGAGUAUGCUGCCUUUGAGGCCCUGAUUAAAAGGUUCAUAGCAGUACUCAGAACCUGUGAGGUUACUCCAUAUGUGGUUUUGGAUGGAGGCUCAGAUCUCACAGACAAGAAGCUUGAAACCGUGACAAAGAGAGCUGAGGACCGGAUCAAGAAGGCCCAUCAAGCAGCUGUGGAAGGUGGGAAAAAGGACAUCCUGCCACCCCUGAUCUGGCGGGUGUUCAAACAGACACUGGCCCGACUGGAGGUUCCAGUGGCCCAGUGCUUCGGAGAGGCUGACCAGGAGAUAGCCGCUCUGGCCUCUGAGUGGAACUGCCCAGUGCUUUCUGGCGACAGCGAUUUCUACAUCUUUGACCUCCCAGCAGGGCUGCUGCCCUUCUGCUACUUUCAGUGGGAGGAUGAGGAGCAGGACGGCUCGCAGAGCAUCUCCUGUAAGACGUACCACAUCUCCAGGUUCUGUGACGUCUUCAAGAUCCAGCAGAAACUCCUGCCCACCUUCGCUGUGCUUGGUGGGAAUGACUACGUGAAUCGGCAGAGGAUCAGCUGGACUCAGUUCGCCCCAUCAGGCAGCAAGACGCCCAACCGCCUGGAGGGGCUGCUGUGCUGGCUGAAGGGCUUCCAACAGCCUCAGCAGGCCCUGAAUGCAGCGGUGGUGGAGCUGAUGGGAAAAGUGAGCGAGAACAGCAAGGCAGAGCUGCUGAAGAACCUGUCAGAGGGGAAGGAGGAGUACCAGGUGCCCUCCAGCUCCCUGAAGGGGUUCCUCCUCAAUGAGAAGGCCCCACUGACCCCAGCAGUCAAAGAGGUGGGUUCAAUCCAUCAGGUCCCGGACUGGAUUCGUCUACAACUGAGGCAGGCCCGACUGACCCCAGAUGUCCUGGAUGUGUUACUGCUGAAAAGGAUGAGCCUCAGUGUCACCGUGGGACACAAAGACCAGCCCAGUGUUAACCUGACCUCCAGGCCGCUCCGCCAGGUGAUGUACGGGCUGCUGCUGGGUGAACAGAGGUCAGUGCCUGUGAAGGAGAGGGACCGAGAGGGGCUAAAGCUGACGUUCAUUCCAGUAAAACCAACCUUCAGCAGGAUUGCUCAGGAGCGCAGACUCAACUCACUGAACGAGGCGAAUCUGUCUGAACGUCUCCAGGUUCUGCUGGAGGCCUUGGGGGUGACCGAGGCCACACUGAAUGACCUGCUGCCUGAGCUGCGCCUCCCGGUGGCCGUCACCUGCUACUGGCUACGGAGAGCUCAGCCUCCUCCAGACCUGAAGCUGCUGAAGGCGCUGCUGCUGGGAAUGACCAACGAGAACGUACUGAGAGCCAGAGAAGAUUUGCAGGGUGAACAUCCACACGGUAAACCAGACCUGGUUGUUGCUCAUGCCUUCAACCAGUGGCAGGUCUGCCUGAGGGACAGCAUCCAGUUGAACCAGCUGCUUGGCUUCCCUUUGCCUGAGCCGGACGUUGCACGGUUGUAUCAGGGGACACUGGUCCACCAGCUGGUCAAAAAGUUGGAAGAAAACAGUCUGGACGAGUUCCUGAUGAGCAACCAGUCAGCAGACAGCAUGGAGCUGUACAACAAAAUGCUGUCCAUUGCCCGCGGGCCAAAACUGGCCCGCGGGCCGCCAGUUGCCGACCACUGAUCUAGAGGCAUCCAAACCUUUUAGAAAUAUCAACACAAUAAAUAUAUAUCCAGAGUAUUUAUUAAUUAAACAGUAAAAAUUCUGUGAGUGUUUGAUGCUGAUUUAUAAAACUACAGCAACUUAAGGUGCAAUAAAAUGUGUUUUCAUUGCUGUAUUUUGUUAUUGUACUGAUUAGAGAGGUUGCAUUCUGUAAUGCAUCCAUAUACACAAAAAAUGUUACGGCUGCAAAUUUCCUGCAGAAAAGAAAGUCAAAAAUAUGAGGUGGUUGAUGAUAAUUUAUAUUUAUUUACCUUGAUGAAAAACUAGUUUAUAAAAGUAAAAUUGUUCAUCAAGACAAAAUUCUGAUGUAAAAAUCUUAAUCACAGUCUAACUUACACAAGAGAAAGCAAGAACUGUGAGAAAAUUAGUCAUAAUUCUGACUUUUUACCUUUUAGUAAUUCAUAGGUUAAAAAAAAGAGCUUUUAAUAUCGUAAACCUGAUUUAACAUGGAUGAAAAAUUUGUCAUUAAAUAAUAAUUGAUCAUUUUGAUUCACAAUCAGAAAUGUUAUAUUUUACUCUCAUAAAUUUGAUUUAAAGUGGAUGAAAAAUUAGUCUGUAAUCGUGAAAAUGCUGAUGAAGUCAAAGUUCUGAUGCUUUAUUUUUAAAUAUAUUUUAUUCUAUAUUUUACAUGUUUAAGCCAAACUGAUUACUUGUCAGAAUUAUGAGAUAGUAAGUCAUUAUUUAGACUCUAUAGCACUUCAUUUUGCUAAAUAUAACUAUCAGCAUAAUACAGCAUAAUGCAAACAAUAUCGUCUUAAGAAAAUAAUUUGGUGUUUUUAUUUUGAUUUAAACUCCUAAUUUGGGCCUGGUGUUGGAUUUAGUUGCCCUUUUUCAGUCUCUUAAUGUUGACUUAUUAUAAACUUUCAUUCUUUUAUAGUCAUUUUUCUUGAUCAUAAUAAAAUUUCAUAAUGCAAAGUUUCUGCAUGUCAGAGUUUAAUGAACAGAUGUGAUUCAUGUGAUCAUCUCCUGACUUUACUUUUUCAACCUGUAUGUUUACUUUGGUUCAUUUUAGCUGCACACACAAUAAAGAUCUUUGUAGAUUACUUAAA